GCAAAAAGCACUCAACCGACCGUCGCGAGCGGACGUUUCCGAACCACUUUUCGCGCGAGUUUCGAACGUCCGAUGUUCCAUUUUCGAAAAUGAUUCGCGCGUUUUUCUUUUUAUUUUUAACGGCUUCGGCCAGUGCUGUACUAACAACUAUUAAAAUCGACGAAGAAUGCUUGAACUUCACAGUGUACCCUGUGCAAUAUGAGUUGACGAUUAUACCGAAAAUAUAUACGACUCAGAGUUUUUAUUAUAAUUGUGAAUUAGUUAUAACUGUUAUAGCUAAUGCUCCACAUGUGAGGAUGAUCGAGUUGGACGCUAAUAAAGACUUGGGUAUAGAAUCAGUGAGUGUGUAUAGAGAUGGUUACGAUAUAAUAAGUAGAAACACACCUUUCAACCAUGAUACGGAGAGAAGUAAAUUGUAUAUUUACUUGGGUGAACCGCUAAGGGAGUACAAAGUUUAUAACGUGAGGUAUCAGAUAAAGAUUAAGUUUAGAAAGAAUGUGUUUUACGAUUCUCCGGGAAUAUUCGCUGCGAGAUAUGACGACGAAAUGGAAGGAAUUAAGUACAUGCUCCUAACCCGUCUCUCACGGGGUCAUGCGAAGUACUUCUUCCCGUGCUUCAGUAACGAGCGGUUCGAAGCGGUGUUCAAGUUCAGAGUGAACACACUUACAGGAGCUCAUGGCAUGCAGUACACCAACUCCAGUCUUGUUAUAUCUCAGGAACAGAGGCGGACUACGAACAAAGAAGGCUACAUAUUCAUCGAGUACCUGCCGUCACCGCAAGUAUCCCUCAAUGAAGUCGGUUUCGUCUACUCCCAAUUCUCCAACAUCUCCAUCCGAGCCAGAAACAGCAAUGACUCCAUCGUCGUCUGGGCCCCUGGUCCUUUCCUCACGCAAUACAAUUAUAUCCUCAGAUUUGGACAAUCCAUUAUGUAUCUUAUUCAUGAAUACGCUGGUAUUAAUAGGAAUAUCACGAAUGGACCCAUCAAUGUGGUGCCUGUGCCUUCGAAUUUGGAUGGAUAUGAGAUAGGCAGUUGGAAUCUUUGGACUAAUGGCGAUUUUCGCCUAAAAUACCAACCAGAACUCAUCAGCAUCCGUCAGAUCGAGAAAAUGACGUUUGACUUCACACAGCAGAUGUGCCGUGUGUGGCUCGGUAACCCGGGGGAAGAUAGGCGGACUACCUGGAGGGAAGAGUGGUUCAAAGAAGGAAUGGCUACAUACUUCGCGUAUUACUUCUUGGGAAAGUACCACCAAACAGGAGAGUACCAAUCAGGCUGGCCCUAUGGCUUCUACUGUCUCGAGUCUCGACACAACGCCAUGAAUGCUGACUGGUACCACAACACGCCGGCCCUCAUCAACUUCAACAGAACACUGGCUGUCGACAUUCCUAACAGACACAAGGAGUUGGUGACUAUGAAGACAGCUGCUUUGCUGUGGAUGGUGGAAAAUUGGAUUGGACCAGAGAAGUUUCAUCCGGCGCUGAUUAAAUAUAUCAAUAUGAGGAGAGGAUCCUACAUCAACUUAGAAGACUUCAUGGUCAACCUCGACAAGGAGACCGUGGAGUGUUUCCACCAGUUCUCCAACGGAACCACCUCGUCCAUGGUGCUCAACUCCUGGCUCCGACACCCUGGCUACCCUGUCAUCCACCUUCAUGUGUACAGGGACAGGUUGCCUAAUGCUAUCACUUUGAAACAGCAAACGUUCUCCUUCACCAAAGACUUCCGCUACGACUCCAAGUACAUGAUCCCCAUCUCCUACAUGGCCCAGUUCCAGGAGAACUGCUUCAACUGCCAUCAGCCUCGGUUCAUCAUGAAUACUCCCGUUUACACCUUCGGAGAGAAUUUGGACGGAGGGUGGAUUCUUCUUAACAGACAUGCUUCUGGGUACUAUCGAGUGAACUACGACGAAGAAACGUGGAGGCUCAUCGCCAAGACGCUGCGGAACGAACACACUGUCAUUCACGAGCUGAACCGCGCUCAGCUUGUCAACGACGCAUUCGCUCUCUACGCUUCUGGAGACCUAAGCUACGAGCUAGCGACAGAAAUAUUAGGCUACCUGGAGAAGGAACGGAGCUACGUAGUCUGGGAGUCAGUGAUCUCGGGAUUCGAGCUGCUCAAGACGAAGGAUGCAGCUUGCAAGUUCACUAGAGCUCUUUAUGAGGAGUGGAGGCAAUUCAUGCGGCAUCACGUAGCAGCGAUCUACUCAAGACUGAUCCACGACCUGGAGCAGCAGCCGAAGACUCGGCUCUUCCGGAGCAACAUCAUCAACUUUGCGUGCACCUUGCAGCACGAAGCGUGCGUCAACCGCGUUCGAGAUCUGUACUAUCAGACCAAGGGGAGGCGGCACAGGCUAGACCCAGACUCCCGCCAAGCAUGCUACUACACAGUUUUGCGUGACGGCGGAGAUGUAGCCUACCAGCUCAGAUCUGACAAUCUGACCAGUUUUGAGAACGAGGAUCGGACUGUCGCGCGGCAUUUGACGGAAAAUGAACAACGUUUAAUAUUUAGACUGCCUCCUGGAGCCCCUCCUCUAGCAAACAUGACACUCAACAGCACAUCUACUCACCCCACACAGAAUCCUACAGCACAGGCAUUAGACAAUCCGGAUUCUAGUACAUCAGUUGAAACUUCAAUAGUCUGCUUAAUAAUAGCGUAUCUGGUUACUAACCUAUUUUAAAUAUUAGUAAAUCGAUUUUUAUAUGGAAUUUUGAGCGCUGCUUAUAAAGUGUUUUAUUUAAUUUGAUUGAUAUAUUUUCUGUUUCAUUCAUAAUUUGACAAGUUUAUAUGGCUUUUCGAACUUAAACUAAAAAUCUUUAUAGUUCAAAUCAUAAAAAGCUGUUGAAACUAAAUCCGGCUAAUUACUUAGGGAAGUACAUGCCAUUUUUUAUUCUUGUUUAUGUUAAUUAGUAUCACUUUCGCUAAGGUUUUAUGUAAGUGUUCCAUGUUUUAAUCUAGUACCGACGUAAUUAUAAUUUUACCCUCAACAGUCUAACAAAACUUACUUCUACUAAAUUUUAAGAAACAUUCCAAAAUGGAUAGCAAGUUAUUGACUACGAGUAUAUUCAUAAAAAUUAAAUUUUAAUUCAUAACCAGAUUUAAAAUUUAAUUGUUCAUUUUGAACUACUUCCCAUUGUCAUUUUAGGUGUUAAACGUUUAUCCUAAAUUCAAUUUGGCCUUUAAAGUCACUGCAAGUAGUUCACCAGCCGAUAUGUUAAUGUUUUUUUUUUUCUUCAUUUUUCUUGUUUUAUAUUGUGACCUUUAGCGUCACAUUGGCGCCCAACGUGGGGCUCGACCCUGU